UCUCCAUCGAGUAUGACCACCCUUGCUACUGCGUCCAGCGACGUGACAUUCCUGCGUAAAGUGUUCCGCAUCCUGAGCCACGAAAACGCCCUUGUUGUGGCCUGGGAUGUUUGCGGCACCCAGUUUACCGUCAAGUCCACAACCACGAUGAACACAUCGAUUUUGCCCCAUUACUUUCGAUCAACUGGAGACAUGACAUACGCCACGUUCAGGAAGCACCUUGUGGCGCAUGGCUUUUCGAUGGCGCAUCAAUCGCAUGACUCGGAAUCGUUCCGUCACGCAGAGUACACUCGCAGCAGCGCCACAGCGCUCGCCUCGACCAUGAAGCGCCGACGAUUGGUGCAACCCAAACACUCAUCAUCGGGCAAUGUUCCGUCGUGCCAUUUGCAUCAACAACAACCCACACGACACAACCAACGUGCUGACAAUCCUUCCAACAACAACGACAACCUGUGGCAACUGCUUUCAGUGGUGUGCACCAUGCAAACCAACCCGCUGUUUGAACUCCCAGCUAUUCGUAGCGACCCAUGCACCUUCGCCGUGGAUGGCUGGGCCGAUUUGACGACCCCGGCUGUCGUGUGUUUGUAGAAAGUGAACAAGGCACGGUCGUUAACUUACAGUUAGUACAGUAUUUAUGGGUGGAGUUUGACAUUUUUUGACCCAUUCCUUCUUGAAUACGGUAUGUGUACUAGUAGCAUUUGGCUCAGAAUCGUUUGGUGAGCAAUAACGAAGCAACUUUGGAUGAACAAGCGACGGGGUUCAGUGUACUAGGAUGUACUAUAACUUAAAGCACUACUUUCUCCCAGAA